CACUAUACAAUGCUUCAACAUUAUCAGGUGUGUAUAUGGAUACUAAUCUCCGGUCAGCUUACGAUGCCUGUCUGGAGUUGUUGGAUGAUGCAGUGCAUUUACUAUCUCUUUCUCUAAAAUCACUCCGCACAUCGACACCGUCCAAUAAACAUACUUUCGCUGAUGUGAUGACGUGGUUAAGUGCAGCAUCAACCGAUCAUGACACGUGCACGGAAGGAUUUCAAGACUUGGAAGACGGGUAUGUGAAGGGUCGUAUCGAAGAAUUGCUAAAAGAUUUGCCACGACUAGUUGCUAAUUCUUUAGAUUUGUUUUCUCUGUCGUCAAAGUCAUCGGAGAAACAAUCAGGAGGUUAUUUUAAUGGCAAUCUUAAUGAUAACGGGAGAUCAAGGAAUGGUACGGGGUCCAUUAAAACUCGAGAAUGGCGAUUCUUAAACAUGUCCCUGGCAUCGUUGGUACCACAUAUCGUUGUUUCAAAACUUGGUACUGGAACAUUCAGAACAAUCACAGAAGCGAUUAACGCUGUUCCUGAUCGUAGUUCGAUGCGCACAGUGAUAUAUAUAAAAGCAGGCAAAUACGAGGAACAGAACCUAGAGGUAAGAUCGGAGAAGACCAAUGUGGUAAUGAUCGGAGAUGGGAUCGGGAAAACAGUAAUUACCGGCCGCAAGAACACUAAAGACGACCACGUAUCCACGUUCUACACGGCAUCUUUUGUGGCGACGGGUGCUGGAUUUAUGGCGACCAAUAUUACGUUUGAGAAUAGGGCUGGCCCGUACAAAGACCAGGCAGUAGCACUCAGGGUCAGUUCACACAGAGCCGUUUUCUACCGCUGUAGUUUCUUAGGCUAUCAAGAUACCCUAUACGUGCUCAGAGAUGUUCAGUUUUUUAGAGAAUGUGAAAUCUACGGGACGACCGACUUCAUAUUUGGUGACUCGAGCGUCGUGAUCCAAAAGUCUAAUAUUUACACUCGCACGCCAUUGGUUGGUCAUCCCACCAUUAUUACAGCUCAAAACCGGGCAGGCUCAAAUGAUAACACAGGUAUUAUUAUUCAUGAUUCUCGGAUUCUUCCCGCGCCAGAGUUCAAGCAAUCCAAGAAGAUCCUCCAAACCUAUCUUGGACGACCGUGGGCUAACUUUUCUCGAGUAGUGUACAUGUCUUGCUGGAUGGAUGCUCAUAUCAACCCUCAGGGGUGGAUUCCUUGGAGUACUAUACUAAAUGAUAUUGUCCCAGAUACUCUUUUUUACGGUGAGUUCAACAAUUCAGGUCCUGGUGCUUCAGUGGUCCCCCGAGUGAACUGGACGGGCUAUCAUAGGAUUACUUCUCUUGAAGAAGUUCAGAGGUUCACUGUCACUCAAUUCAUUCUUGGAUCGGCAUGGUUGCCUUCGACUGGAGUACCUUUUACUCCAGGAUUAACAGAUUGAAAGAUUGUAAGAAUAGUUGAGAUUUGAUAAAAUCAUAAUAUUGUUUUGAUAACUCAACUAAUAUAUUCUUAUG